AUGAAUGAAAAAGAAGCAUGCAAUCAUUUAUCGAAAACACUCGCAACAAAACUGGACUAUUUCAAUACAUCAAAAAACAACGUACGAACGAAAUCACGCGGUCUUGCAUAUAUAAUGCCAUUUUCUGAGAGAAUAUCACUACUUGAUCCUCAUUCAUCAUUGCCGCCAGAAAGUAUCAUCACAAUUCCUGAUUCAACAUGGCCUGAAUCGAACGCUCACACAUCGCGGGCAACGCAAGAAAAUCACAGUCAUCAAACGUUGAACGAAAAACGACGAUCGACUCAUGCAACCCUAAUGGCAACUGUCAGUCGUCGUUUACAUCGUCGAAAAGCAUUGUACGAUCGACUACAUGUGAUAAACAAUCACAUGUGCAUUCUUGGUAUUAUUGGUAUAUUUCUUAUGAUAAUUGAAAACGAAAUUAUAUUCCAGAGUCUAUGUGAUAUGUUUAUCAGUUGGUGUUUAAGAUUAUUUAUAAGCAUUACAUCAUGUAUUCUUGUUGGCUUCGUUUUCUAUUACCAUUAUUUAGAUUUACAACUCUAUUCUGUCGACAACUCGUUCGAUCAUUGGCGUAUUGGUUUGAAAAAAUCACGAGUUUUUCUAAUCUUUCUCGAAGCAUUCAUAUGCUUCAUACAUCCUAUUCCUGGAUACUAUCCUGCGCCAUCCGAAGCUACUUGUGCAAACUCGAUGAUCGUACCUAAUCCUCUGGCGAAAUCUUAUCUGACUAUGAACGUUGCACUUGGUUUACCAAUGUUCGCGCGUGUCUAUCUGCUAUGCCGUUUCAUAAGAUUUCAUUCCUCUUUCACUCGAAACGUUUCUGCACAAUCAUUAGGUGGAUUAAAUCAAGUUUCGUUUGAUCUUCUCUGUCUAAUUCGAAUAUAUCUUACUCGCUGGCCAGUGCGUUGUCUCCUAGGGUUUUGUAUUGCUGUCUUCUUCAUCGGAAGCUGGUCGUUACGAGCAUGCAAUUAUACUACCUCGUUCGAACAUUUAUCACUAUUCGAUGCCAUGUGGCUAUUUAUCGUGACAUUUACCACGGUUGGCUAUGGAGAUCUCAUACCUCUGACAUACUGUGGACGAAGUAUAGCUGCAAUUACAGCGUUGAUUGGUGUUCUAUCAACUGCACUACUGAUAUCUGUCCUUGCUGAUAGACUUCAAUUGACUCGAUCUGAAAAAUAUGUUCACAAUUACGUGUCAGGCGUUGAUUUAGCUAAAGAACGUAAAAUUCAAGCAGCGAAUGUGAUUAAAUUCACCAUCAAGCUUUGGUAUUUAAAACGAACACGUCAGUCAAAGAGAUCAUCUGAGUAUAUCAAAAUUGAACGAAGAUUAUUUCGAUCGAUGCAUCACAAUCAGCAGUUGAAACAAAAACAAAGCAAAUUGGUGGAUAGCUGUUUGAGUUUUCCAGAAAUAAUGACAUUGCAACGAGACGUUAAUAAGAGGACAAUAGAAACUAGUCGAAUGUUGGAGCUUUUGAAAGGUCAAGCCAAUCAAACUGAAGAAAAACUUACACAUCUAGAUCAUUCCAUAAAGCACGUACAGAAUACACUCGAUCGGCUGCUCGAGAAGCUUUCAAAAUAA